AAGCCGAACCGGGGACUCUGCCAUGCUGAUCGAGGGGAAUCGAUCACUGAAUUUGUUCACCUCAUCGGUCAUCUUCAUCCCACGAGCGUGUCCUAGGACGACCGUCAGGGCGUGAGAGGGAGCGCAUGUCAUGCCGCCGCUAACAAAGGAUGUGAUCAAAUUCGGACACUUCAUCGUGACGAGCCAGGUCUUUCACCUCUCGCCGCUGUCCUUCGCUCUCGUCAAUAUCAAACCUCUUCUCCCUGGCCAUGUUCUCGUCUCUCCCCGCCGAAUCGUCCCCCGCUUCAACGACCUCUCUAUUGAUGAGGUUCAGGACCUUUUCUUGACCGUUCAACGUGUCUCGCGUAUGGUUGAGCGAGUCUUUAAAGCAACGUCCCUCAAUAUUGCGAUUCAGGAUGGUGUGGAUGCGGGACAGAGUGUGCCGCAUGUACAUGCGCAUAUCAUCCCUAGGAAGAGAGCCGAUUUAGAAGGGUUUGGUGGUACGGACGCUAUCUACAGCAUGAUGGAGGGCGAGGAUGGCGACCUGGAUCGUCAUUUCAAUGAGCGAUCUGGAUCCGACCCAUCGACGACUACGAAUGGGCAAGGUCGGGGGAAAUUCCCGGCUGUUGAUGCGGAUGAGAGUAGAACGCCGAGAAAUGAAGAGGAAAUGGAGAGAGAAGCCCAGUGGCUAGCCGAGGAGAUGGCUAAGGAUGAGAAGGAGUAUGGAUGAGAAGAUUCUGAAAUCUGGCUAUCCGAACGAUCCGCAUACUGUGGGACCGAGCUGAUCCGUGGCCCAAAGUCCAGACUCGAGGAGAUCAUAGAUCGUCUUACACAAGCCUAGCAUCUAGGCUCGUGGGAUAGGUGUAAGCCAUCCAAAGAGGAAUAAAGCAUAUUGUUGGAGUGUACAAUCAA